CUCCCAUUAGGUUCACAGAGAGCCUUCGAGAGGUUUCUAGAAGCGCCGGUUGUUCUCGAACUAUCUGCCUGAAUAGUAUAAGAAGCUGUUGGAUGUCGUGUCUUUUUUCUUUGUACGCUGUGUUGUUGGCAGUAUUUUGCUCGAAUUGCGAGGUGUCAAGGUUUCCAAUUCGCGUUGUUUAAUUCACACAUUUAAGAUGCCUGAACCACAGGAUCAGCCCAUGGAGGAUGAGGUGGAGACCUUUGCCUUCCAGGCAGAGAUUGCCCAGCUAAUGUCCUUGAUUAUCAACACCUUUUAUUCUAACAAAGAGAUCUUCCUCAGGGAGAUUAUCUCCAACUCGUCAGAUGCACUUGACAAAAUCCGGUAUGAAAGUCUUACAGAACCAUCUAAACUGGACACUGGAAAAGAUCUCAAGAUUGAUAUAAUUCCCAACAAAGAGGAGCGUACCUUGACUCUCAUUGACACUGGUAUUGGGAUGACUAAAGCUGACUUGAUCAACAACCUGGGUACGAUUGCCAAGUCAGGAACCAAGGCCUUCAUGGAAGCCCUGCAGGCUGGAGCUGACAUCUCCAUGAUUGGCCAGUUUGGUGUGGGCUUCUACUCUGCUUACCUGGUGGCAGAGAAAGUAACUGUCAUCACCAAACACAACGAUGAUGAGCAGUACGCCUGGGAGUCCUCUGCUGGAGGUUCCUUCACAGUCAAAGUGGACAAUUCUGAACCUUUGGGACGGGGCACAAAGGUGAUUCUGCAUCUGAAGGAUGACCAAACGGAAUACCUUGAAGACCGCAGGGUGAAAGACAUCGUGAAGAAGCACUCCCAGUUCAUUGGGUACCCCAUCACACUAUUUGUGGAAAAGGAACGUGACAAGGAAGUCAGCGAUGAUGAGGCAGAGGAAGAGAAGGAUAAGGGAGAAAAAGAGGAAAAAGAGACAGAGGAAGACAAACCAGAGAUUGAGGAUGUAGGUUCUGAUGAGGAGGAAGAUGAAAAGAAGAGCACUGACAAGAAGAAGAAAAAGAUCAAGGAGAAGUAUAUCGACAAGGAAGAGCUGAACAAAACAAAGCCCAUUUGGACAAGGAACCCUGAUGAUAUCACUAAUGACGAAUAUGGUGAAUUCUACAAGAGCCUCACCAAUGACUGGGAAGACCACUUGGCUGUAAAGCACUUCUCGGUUGAGGGCCAGCUUGAGUUCAGGGCCCUGCUGUUUGUACCCAAGCGUGCUCCUUUCGACCUGUUUGAAAACAAGAAGAAGAAGAACAAUAUCAAGCUCUAUGUGCGCAGGGUCUUCAUCAUGGAUAACUGUGACGAACUUAUCCCUGAAUACCUCAAUUUCAUCAAAGGUGUUGUGGAUUCCGAGGACCUUCCCCUGAAUAUCUCAAGAGAGAUGCUGCAACAGAGCAAGAUCCUGAAGGUCAUCCGUAAAAACCUGGUGAAAAAGUGCUUAGAGCUGUUUACGGAGCUCUCGGAGGAUAAAGACAACUACAAAAAAUACUACGAACAGUUCUCCAAAAAUAUAAAGCUUGGAAUACAUGAAGACUCUCAGAACCGCAAGAAGUUGUCUGAGCUCCUGAGGUACUACACAUCUGCUUCUGGUGAUGAGAUGGUCUCCCUCAAAGACUAUGUCACACGCAUGAAGGAGAAUCAGAAGCACAUCUAUUACAUCACAGGCGAGACUAAAGAUCAGGUGGCCAACUCCGCCUUCGUUGAACGCCUUCGUAAGGCUGGCCUUGAAGUUGUCUACAUGAUUGAGCCCAUUGAUGAGUACUGCGUCCAGCAACUUAAGGAGUUUGAGGGGAAGAAUUUGGUGUCUGUAACAAAAGAAGGCCUGGAGCUGCCUGAAGAUGAGGAUGAGAAAAAGAAGCAGGAAGAAAAGAAAGCCCAGUUUGAGAAUCUCUGCAAGAUAAUGAAAGACAUCCUGGAGAAGAAAGUGGAGAAGGUCACUGUGUCCAACCGAUUGGUCUCUUCUCCAUGCUGCAUUGUUACCAGCACAUAUGGCUGGACUGCCAACAUGGAGAGGAUCAUGAAAGCACAGGCACUAAGGGACAACUCCACUAUGGGCUACAUGGCAGCCAAGAAACAUCUGGAGGUCAACCCUGAGCACCCCAUUAUCGAGACACUCAGGCAGAAGGCUGAGGCUGACAGGAAUGACAAGUCUGUGAAGGAUUUGGUGAUCCUGCUCUUUGAGACUGCCCUGCUGUCAUCUGGGUUCACACUGGAUGACCCACAGACUCACUCGAACCGCAUCUACAGAAUGAUCAAACUUGGGCUGGGAAUUGAUGAGGAUGACAUGUCUACAGAAGCUGAAACAGGUGGUGCUAAUAUUGAAGACAUGCCCCCACUGGAAGGGGGAGAUGACGCAUCCAGGAUGGAAGAAGUUGACUAAUGAUUCCAUAAACUCAAUGUGUUUAAUCCAAAUGUAAAUUGUCCCGUCCUGAUUUUUUCCAAUUUAAAAUGUAAUGUGAAUUUUUUUUUUUUUUUCAUGUUUCCCUUUGUUACAUAAUUUUGUAUUUAUCUACAUUCCAGUUUCUUUACCUAACAUUUAAAUGUUAACUUCAAAGUUAAUAAAAGUGUCACUGUUGUAUUUUCUGGUGCCUUUUAUUUCAAGAUGCAUUAGUUUACUGGAAUAUAGCUAGUAGAUUGUCGAAUGGGCGGUUCCCACCUCCAGUCAUAUAAAUACUGUUUUUGAAAUGUUUCCUGGUUCAAACAUGAAGUCGUUUACCUGUGAGAAGAAAAUAAAGAUUGCAUAUCUAGCAA